AUGGUAGAUCUUUUAGAACCCUAUUUUCGAAUGGACGAUUAUAACAUGGAUACAGCUAAAAGAGUAUGUGGGGAUGUAGCAGGUCUAUUAUCGUGGACUAAAGCCAUGGUAUUUUUUCAUAGUGUAAAUAGAGAAGUAUUACCUUUGAAAACAAAUCUAACACUACAGGAAGCUAGAUUAAAGCUCAAUGCGAACAAGGAAUACCUUGUUUUAACACCAAAAAGUGGACUACCUAAAGUUCUAAGUGAAGUUCUUGAAAACAGAGUGGUUGAAAGCGCAAGACAUAAAGUGGGUACAUCUCAUCGAAAACUGGCAAGGGAGUAUCAAGUGCCACUAUACAAAGAACACUUAAAAGAAGAAACUUUACAUAUCGCAAAAGACGGAAAUUCCCAAUAUACACGCAGAAUCAAUCCGAUAUGCUGCAGAGGACUACGACAAAUCCAUUUCGCGAACAACAAACGCAUCAUUUUGGAAGACGAAAAAUAUUUCACUCCUUUCAAUUCGGAAAUAAAAGGAAAUGACGGUUGA